AUGUUCUCGCUGCCGCCAAUAGAUGGGACAGAAGAGGGAUGCACCGACGAAAAUCCCAUCCAUUUGUCGGGUGUUACCAGCCAGGACUUUGAGCGACUGCUAUCUCUUUUCUAUCCGCAGAACGUCAUUGACGGUGACCUCUCCACGGUAGACGAAUGGACAUCCGUCCUCGCAUUGGCCACUAGAUGGGACUUUGCCGGCCAUCGAGACCUCGCUAUAGCCCGUCUCGCGCAGCUCGCCUCACCUGUCGACCGCAUUCUGCUCGCCCGGAAGUACGUCGUUGAGGCAUGGCUAGGACCGGCAUAUCUAGCACUCUGCAAACGGGACGAAGCUCUAACAAUGGAGGAGGGCGAGCGUCUGGGCAUGAAAGACGUUAUCAUGCUUUCAGACAUUCGACAAGCAAUCAGAGGCAACUACCGAGUGACCAUGCAUGAGAGAAAUAUCAUUGCCCUGAUUGAUAAGCAGCUCACUUAG